AUGUUCUGGGAUAAGGACCCUUCUGCGGUUUCUACUAUGGAAGAAGCGCCAUCCAAGGGCCGUGUGGCGCCUAAAUGGCGCGGCACGCAGGCCGACCAGGCCGACAUGAGCAUUCUUGGGAGAGAGCAGGUCUUGCGGCGUAACUUUCGAUUUAUCUCGAUUGUAGGGUUCGGCUGUACCUUGAUCGCCACGUGGGAGGUUGUUUUGACUUUACUACAGCAAGGCCUUACUGAUGGGGGGACGGCUGGCCUGAUCUGGGGCUUCGUGAUUGUCGCCGUCGGUUUUCUUCUGGUAUUUCUGAGUCUAGCCGAGAUGGCUUCGAUGGCUCCCACCUCGGGUGGACAGUACCAUUGGGUAUCGGAAUUUGUGCCUCCGAGCUGUCAAAAAUUCCUUAGUUACAUAACUGGCUGGCUGUGCGCCAUGGGAUGGCAGUGCGCGAUCGUGUCGAUCGCCUUUUUAGCUGGAACCAUCAUUCAAGGCCUGAUCGUGCUGAACAAUCCCACGUAUGAUUUCCAGCAAUGGCACGGGACCCUGCUGGUGAUCGCGAUCACUCUGUUUUCCAUUAUCUUCAACACCUUCCUGGCUAAGCGGCUCCCGUUUGUCGAAGUGUUGAUUCUCAUUCUGCAUGUGUGUGGCCUGUUCGCCAUCAUCAUUCCAUUAUGGGUCCUUGCGCCUCGCCGCAGCGCAAAACAGGUCUUUACCGAGUUCAACAAUGGGGGCAUGUGGAACAGCGACGGCACUGCUACCCUUGUGGGGUUCUCGACCACCAUCACCGCAUUGAUUGGGUAUGACUGUGCGGUGCAUAUGUCAGAGGAGAUCAAAGAUGCCUCUGAGACGCUGCCAAAAGCUAUGAUUACGUCGGUCUGCGUCAAUGCCGCAUGUGGCUUCUUGUUGCUGGUGACGAUUUGCUUCACCUUGGGCGACAUUGACGAUAUCUUGGCGACGCCAACAGGGUACCCGUUCAUCCAGGUGUUCUACAAUGCCACCGAGAGUCUUCCAGGCACAAACACCAUGACGGCCAUUCUGGUGCUGACUCUGACCGCAAGUACCAUCACAGAAAUAGCAACAGCAUCACGCCAGCUAUGGUCCUUUGCACGAGACCGCGGUCUCCCUUUCUCCGAUUUCUUCGGAUAUGUCAAUCCGGACUGGAAUAUCCCCUUGAACGCCGUGAUGGUUUCGCUGGUCGUAACAGUUCUCUUGUCGCUCAUCAAUAUCGGCUCCUCCACGGCGCUCCUGGCCAUUGUAACCCUCACCAUAGGUGCCAUGAUGUCUUCCUACAUCAUCACCAUCGGAUGUGUGCUCCUCAAGCGGAUCCGAGGCGAGCCUCUUCGACCUCACAGGUGGACGCUGGGCCGAUUCGGCAUGGCAAUUAAUAUCGGGGCAUUGUGCUUCCUGCUCCCGGUGUUCGUAUUUGCUUUUUUUCCGCUCUCCUCAACGGUCACUCCCGAGACCAUGAACUGGUGCAUUGUUAUGUAUGGGGGCGUUUUAAUCAUUGCAGUGGUGUACUACGUGCUCCGGGGCCGGCAUCACUACGUCCCACCCGUCGCGUUGGUGAAGAGGGAAAUCUGA